AUGCCGAAGGCUCCUGAGCCUGACAAGGUACCGAUCAACUCGCCCGCCGACCUGCGCCAUGAAGUCGAUGCCUUGCUGGCAGUACUACAGCUGAACGAGACGGAGGACACGUGGGAAAAGAUCAACAAGGCGCUGAAGCGGUUCCAGGCGGUCGUGAGGGGAGGCGCAUGCCGCUUCACCGACGAUUUUGUCGCGGCGAUGAGGGACCCGAGGAUGGCAAAGGGCGUCUGCAGAUCCCUCACGACCGAACGAGGCGCCCUCAGCGGGACCGCUCUCGAGAUGGUAGCUUCCUGCACUCGCCUCGGUCCUUCAUUUGCUCCUCUUCUCGCCGUCUACUUUCCCUCCGUCCUGCGCCUCUUCGCCCGCCCGAACAAAGUCUACGUCACCCGCGCCGCCUCGACCGCCGCCUCGAUUAUCCGCAAUACACGACUCGGCGAAGUCCUCCGCUUCAUCGUCCUCGAAUGGCGCAACGAAGGCGGAAAGAGUGCUUCGUUCCGCGAGCAGGCGGCGGCGGCUGUGGCUGUCAUGCUCGGAUGCGACACGGGCUCGUUGGCGGUCGAGAAGGACAGUCUUGAGCGGAGGAUCGAGGAUCUCGAAUGGGUCAUCAAGACUGGCGCUGUCGGGAGGGAAGCGACCGUGCGAGCAGACAUGAAGAAGUGCUGGGAGGUGUACAGGCGCGAAUGGCCGGACAGGGUCGCUUCCUUCACGGCACCGAUGACGCCUACAAUCCGCAAGUACCUCAAAGUCGACCAGAUGCAUUCCUCCGCUCCGUCCACUUCCUCCGCUCCUCCAGUUCGCAAGCCGAACCCACCGCCUCCUUCAGCUACUACCCAUGCACCGCCGCCUGCCCCUCCAGCCUCUCGCCCUGCGACCCUUCUCAGCAAGUCGCACGGUCCACCCUCGACACACGCACCCGCUCGUCACCCUCUUGCCGCCAGCGCGUCUACCCGGCCGCUGCCAACUGCGUCGUCAUCGACCGCAGCGCCCAACGCCGCGCCAUUGGCGAGCGUAGCUUCCUCUUCGCUUGGCAUAGGCGCUCCGCCUCACCGCGCCGCACGGGUGGACCAGCCUCGCAGCGUCAGCGCAUCAGCCUCGACCUCUUCAUCUCGUUCGGCCUCGCGGAACGAAGAGCGCGACCCGCUCUCGGCGUCAACGAGCUCUCUUCACUCGACCGUAUCUUCGGCUACGCACGCGAGCCGAGCUGGGUUCAAGCCGACGGCGCCGAGCAAGACGGCUCCGCUUGCGUCUCGAGCGACGCGGGCGCUUGCAGCGUCAACAGCGACGGGUGCGAACGGCAUGACGACGAUGGCGCCGCCGCACGAGCCACGCAAAGCUCGUCGAGUUGUCCAAGCCGCUCCUGCCGUUCCUCCACCUACUUCUUCCGCCGCACCAACUCCUGCUCCUACAGCGACGACUCUCGCACGCUCGCAGACGUCGUCAACUGCGCCGACACCCUCGGCAGCCUCUCGCUCGCACCCUCCCUCAACCUCUUCCACCGCUUCAGUUCCCGCUCCGCCCGGCUCUUCCCACGCACCCUUCCGCCCGAAACUUACCUCAUCCACCGUUGCCGCCGCUGCUCUCGGCGCAACAGCAGCAGCCAAGACUCGCACAACCGGUGCGACCGCACGUCCCGCUGCUCCUGCGCCAGUCGUCGGCGAGAAACAGAGGGACAAGGAGAACGACAAGCCUUCUGCUCCUGCGCCCAUUGCAUCGGCUCGCCCAGCAGCCGUCACAGCACCUGCACCGCCCACCGCACCAGCCGCCUCGACCCGUACUCGUCCUCCGCGCGCCCGCUCGCCCGAAGUCGCCCGUCCCAAAGCCGUUCCCUCAGCCGCGACACUCGCAUCUCGCGAACGCCGAGCAGCGCGCGAGAGAGAGAGGGAGAGGAAGGCUGCUGAGGAGGCUGCGGCGGAGGAGAUGAGGCGGAGGGGGGAGAAGGAGCGUGAGGAGGAGAGGGUUCGGAGGGAGGAGGAGAGGAAGAGGGCGGUCGAGGUGCCGCUGCCUGUUGAGGAGGAGGAGGAGGAGCUGGCUGUCGAGGAGCACGGAGAGGUGGCGCCGGAAGCUGUCGAAGGAGAACAGGAGGCGGAAGAGGGAGAUGUUGCGGUCGUCGUCGAGGAGGACGAGUCGCGCGAGGAGGCGCUCGUCGACCAGCAAGAUGCGGCGAUCGAGGCCGUCGAGCAGGCCGUCGAGCACGACGUCACACAGGACGUCGAGCAAAUCGCCAUUCAGCAGCCUGUCGAGCCCGUCGUCGUCAAGCAGGACCCUCAGCCCGCCAUUAUCGAGGCCGUCGAUCCCGUUCACGACGAAGUUGGCAUGGACAGCGACAUGGUCGUGGAGUCGCUCCCCGCCUCACAAGCGACCGUCCCCGAAGUGGCGGAGGAAGUCGCUCCCUCCACCGAGCCUGAUCACGCAGAGCAGGGGGAGCAGGCUCACAGCUUUGCGGCCGAGACUGCGGUGGACGACAUUGUGGACAACAUGCCGCCCUCAGCGGAGUCAGACGGGCCCCACGAGACCGACGUCUCUGCAGCGCAGGGGGUUGCCGAGCUGGAACGGGUCGUUGGCGGGGAAGUCCAGAGUAUCGAGCUCGUGGAGGAGAUAGUCGGGGCUGAGCAGGAGUCGCAGGACGAGCAGGACGAAGAUGAGCACGUCCUUGACCUGCCCGAGGCGCUGAAGCCGGACGAGGAGCAGGCGGAAGGGUAUGAAGACCUUGGGCCCGAGGCCGUCGUCCAACCCGCACCGGCCUACGAUGAUUUGCCGCCUUCGCUCCUGCUUGCCGCAGUCGUGUCGCCCUGCACGGCCGCGGCCGAGGACGACUGCGUUGAGGAGGCGCAUGUGCAUGAAGACGCUUUCGCCGAGUCGGCUGAACGGACAGCGACGCCACCGCCGCCCAGCAUCUUCAGGCACAGCUCGCCUCUCCCUUCUCUCCUUCGAAUCAGCUCGCCUUUGUCGCGGCGUACGAUUGACACGCCACCAGUCUCGACGCCGACCGCCGCAACUCGCGACGACACUCCCUUCACCCCCGUCCUCCGCACUCCAUCCGUCCGCUUCCCUGCACCCACUCUCGCUUUCUCUCCCGAAUCGUUCCAGACCUGCUCCAUCAUUCUGGAUACUCCACCCAAGCUCGACGAUCCCCCUAUGGCGGUCCACCUGCCAGGCCGCGCCGUUCCGCUCUCACAGGCGACUACCGGGUCAGACGAGCAUCUGCUCGUAGGCUCAGAAUCGGACGCGGAGGAGGAGGACGAUUCCGUCUUGGCCUCGCCAUCGCCGGCAUCGCCAGGACCCCGCAGAUCAGCCUCGCCUUCCACCUUCGCCUCUCACCCUCAGCCGGUUUUCUUCCCCGACGACGGCGACAUGUCCGGCUACGACGCCGACACCACAUUCGGCGACGAGAUUGACGAGGACCAGUUUGAAGGCGGUACGGAGGCGAGUGCUGCAGAGGAGGACUCUUUCGCCGAGACGGAGGUCGCGGAGCAGAGUCGCGAAUUCGUCAUGCCGCUCAACGAUACCUCGGCGUACGAUCAUCUCGUCCACGGCGACGAAGCCGAACACGACGACAGUGGGGCGGAUGAGAGGGACGAGUCGCUCGCGUCGGAACAGACGGUGCAGCUCGAAUCGCUCAGUACCGCGCCCGAGAAUGACUCUGCGGGUGCUCCGGCGCAGGAGCUGGACGAGCGCGAAGACGAGGAGGACGAUGACGAGGAAGACCCUCAGGACGUCCUCCCCGGAUCUCCCGCCGGCACGACUCUCGACUUCUCCGACUUUGGCGUCGCAACCUCAAGCACGCCGUCAGCGGCCAACCGUCGCCCAUUGUGGGACGAGUCGCUCCUCGGCGACGAGAGCGCCAACUUCGAACUCGAGCAGUCUAAGCUCCGCUUUCACGACGAGACCGAGUCAGAACACGACCUGAGCGGCGCCAGUACGGUUCUUGGCGACCUUCACAUCUCGAGUCCUGCACUUCCGCCUCGCACGGCCAGGGUUUUCGAGGAACCACUGGAAGACGAGCCAACCGUCUUCAAGCGUUCGCUGCGAUCCCGCGUCGUGACGGUCGACUUGCACUCUUCGACGAGCAAGACGCCGGGUCGUGUCACUCGUGCCAUGGCGUCGUCAGGGAGGGACGUGCUGGGCGAGAUGCAGGCGUGA